GAAGCAGACUCUAGUUCAUUAUUGAUUGUUUAUUUUUGUGGAACCCAUUUAUUGGUGGCAUUUAGUUCUAAUGAACAACGACCCGUCUUAUUUGAUUAGGUGACAGACAGACAGAAUUUUCUCCAAAAGCGGCAUAAUAGUUUAUUCAAAUUUGAACAAAGUGUGUGUGUAGUGCGUUACUGGUGAAUCUGGACCUGGAUAUCUGUGGGUAGAACAGAGAAUAAAAAAAAGAGGGUGUGGCUUAAAGGUUGUGUAGCUGAUUAAACACUCCUGUCUCUGAUAACUCAGUCUUUGAUGUGAAGACGCCCUCAUGCACCAUGUUGCUCUCUGUUCUGCUGCUGCAGCUGGUCAGCACGACUGAAGCGAGUUUCUAUGGCUAUGUGUUUAGCUACACUACUAAACUCUUCCAAGGAGCCGGAUACCAGGUGGUCCGUUGUGAAAGAUUUAGCUUUGCUUCGUGUCGAGAGUUUGAUUCGUGGUUUUGUGGUGGCGACUGUAGCUAUUGGAAAAAUAUACAACGUGUUGAUCAUUUCAGUGAUGGCGGGUGUCAGACUGAACGAAUAUCGAAAAUCAACAAUGCCAGUUUCUCCUCAUCCUCCACCAUGUGGAGUGAUAGAAACUGGACGGAUAACAAAAAUGGCAUUUUGUCUUGGACAUCUUUACUGACUCUUGAACUGAGGAACCGGUCAGACAUCAGUAAACCCAACUCAUCACCACAAACCACGAUUCUCCCAACACUGAGAGUUCCUUCAAACUGUCAGAGGAAUAUCAGCCUGUUGACCUUUGACCCUGAUGGAGAUGCGGUUAGAUGUAGAUAUGCAGCUGCUUCACGUCACGAGUGCAGCAUCUGCACACCACCGCUUGUUCUCAGCCUCUUUUCAUCUUGCACUCUGUCAUUCAGUCCAACUAACAGCAGUAAUGAAGGUCCAUAUGCAGUCCAGCUGACGAUGGAGGACUUUCCCAGACAGACCAUGACUCUGACCGACAGUGUAGGUGGAAAGGUGGUGAGAACUACCAGCAGCCCUAUUACCGGCAUUCCCAUUCAGUUUAUUUUGACAGUUGACCCUGCUGCCCCAUCCUGCGCUGAAGGCCUCUAUCUGCCCAGAUUCCUGCCACCAACUCCAGACAACGGCAUUCACAUCGUCACUGUUGUUAAUCAGACAGUGAUGAUCCCCAUCAAAGCAGAGGCAACGCAGUCUGUGAUCACUGGAAUCGUGUUUAGUGGGCCCUACAAUGUGAUCAAGAGCACAUCAGGAUCAGGAAUCUUCACCCUGAGAUGGACACCCUCCCUCACUCAGGUUGGAGAAAGCCAUCCCAUCUGUUUCGUCGUCACAGCGAGCUUCAACAGCUCCGUUUUUGAGUCUGAGCUUCGUUGUGUCGUUGUGACAGUAAUUAAAUAUCAUGCUUUUUAUCUAAAAAUGAAUAUCGCUACCUCAUUACCUCUGGAAAACAACAUGGAGAUGCUUCAAAAUGCGAUCAAAGGUGAAUUGGUUAGAAGAAUACCAUCAGUCAUGCUCAUUUGCCUCCUUGAGGAUGGUUUUGUGAAAGUUAUAACAACACCGCCCUCUAGUGGCUCACUAUUGACUUGUCACUGA